GUUUCGCGAACUAACGAGUGUUCCGAGAACAAUUGGUCCCAAAGCUAUAAAAAAAGAGGGGGGGAGGAGGGGUCAACGGAGGGGUGAAUUUGCAAAUUUGAGAAAUUGACAAUUGACAUUUGUCGGUGGUCAGAUUUAUCGAUCUCGUGGUCGCUGAUAGAUGUUGAUUAAUACGACUUCACUGAUGAAGAAGAGAUGUCGCUGAUAAACCUAAAAUUUUCAAAAUUCGAUAACACACCAUGGGGCUUUCGACUGGUGGGUGGCAGUGAUUUCCCCCAGCCGCUGACCGUCAUAAGAGUAGCGGAGGGAAGUCUCGCGGAAUGCAUGGGCCUGAACGUCGGUGAUGUUGUUGUGCGACUGAACGACGACCCCGUGAGCAAACUGACGCACGGUGAGGCCCACGAGUCCCUAGUGCAAGCGGGAAAUAAUUUCACUCUCGUGGUACACAGAGGCGAGGAGGCGCGCCAGGUGGCCGAGGCCAUUCAGGAGGAAAAUAUCGUACCUUACAAACCCAUUGAUGAAGUUAAAGCUUUGAAAGCACUCGUUGAAGAUUUGAGAGAUCCAGAGGAACUGCCACCGCUGGAUGGCCCAUCCCUUGAUUUGAAUUCUGACGACGAAGGGGAGAGAAAGAGGCAGUCGCCUGAAUUACAAGAGCCGGCGAAAAUCGAAGUGAUUGAGGAUCGAUCGCCUCAACCCGCUAUCAGAGAUCCAAACGUCGAGCCAUUGCCCAGAAAAGAUCUGACUGAAGAGGAAAUUGCCGAUUUGAUUGUUGAAGAGGAGGAAUUACUCGAGGUCGAGGACAAAUCUGUAUUGGGGGUGAAUUUCAAUAAAAUUCGUCCGCGAGCUCCUCUUUUGCGGGAGUCCAAGGUCCUCGAGGAGCUCCAAAAAAUCGCCGUGGAGGAGCCACCGCGGGUGCAAGAGCUGAAACACCAGACGACAUUUCUCCAGAAGCCAGAGCGACCGAUUCCAAAGAAAAAAGACGACAAUAACGAAAAUCAGUCCGAGGGCUACAAAGUCGUGAUAAAAAAACAACCGAAGAAGAGUGUGACAGAGAAACUAGCUCAACGUGGUCUAUUAAAAACCCCCGAGCCCUGUAAUAAAAAUCAAUCGAGCGAGCCAGCAAUAACCCCAGAACCUCUUGAAAUGUCUCGACCAGAGUCAUCAGCCUCUGGGCCGCGAAUAGUGGAAAUUCCAAUUGAAGUUGAGGGCCGGCCUUCGUCGAAGGCCUCGAGUCAUCCACGAAGUGAUGGGCCAAGUGGUGAUGAGAAAUGUUCAUCGCGUUGCGAAAGUUAUCGUGAACAAACACCCGAACCCGAACCCGAGCCCGAAUCCAAACCUGAGCCACAAGCGCCAAUUUUUGACAAGGAGAAGGUCAAGGCACUCGUCUCAACUGAAAUCAAUUUGGAGAAACAAUUGGAAAGUGUUCAGAAUCAAUUGCUCGCAUUGAAACAACUUCCCAGUGAGAUUGAAAAUCAUCUGAGAAUUGUUUCGGAACAGUUGCACAAAAUUAUGGAGCUCAGCGGAGUGCAGAACAGCGAGAGCAGCUCGCGAAGAGGUUCUUCAGAUGUGGCAAGUCAGGCAGGUCCACGAGAAGAGGACACCGCAACUCGCGAAGAGUGCAAAAAUGAGGACGAGGACCAUCUUCACGUAUCGGAAUCAGAGUUCUCCAGAUCAUCUCCAGCGACAGUGAUCAGCGAGACUCCAUCUAUCAUCGAACCCGAAUCCGAAAUGGAGCAAGUGGGGGAGUCGGAAACCAGUGAAAUGGAAGUCACCCUCAAGGAUGACGAGCACAGGGUGAAGAAGUACAUCGCGUCAUACGAAACAAAAGUCUUCAGGUCGCGAGACCCCAGUCCUGCGCCUUCUCACGGAAGUUACGAACCAGAUCCGAAUAUGUCGCCAAAAGACCAAGUUAUACAGGAAUUGAAGCACAGAGGAGGAAGAAAGCGAUCGCACGAUCUCUGGCCCCAGGCUAAACAGCUGGAGCUCACUUAUGGACGAAGAUGGAGGUGUCCAAAUGAUUUUUUCAAUGAUGAAAUGAUAGCUGAGGUAUUAUCGGGACAGGCGGAAGUCAUUCGUGGCAAAGCACUUGGCGUUAAUUUUAAAAAAUACGAGAAAGCUUGGCUACCGAAUUACGAUCACUUAAUGAACUCGAGUGUAUACAAGAUGCUGCAUAAGAUGGAACGCGAGCCAAAAACUGGAAUUCCCGCUCGGCCACCCAAGGUCGUUGCUGCUGAAGACAUACUGGAGAGAGUUAAAACACCGGCCUGAGUCAACAGAGGGGAAUUGGGAAAAAUCAUCACGAAGAUAUUUCAAACGUCAAUAUCUUACAGUCGAUUAAUUUUCAUGUACCCUAUUUGUACGAUAAUUUAAGAUGUUAAUGAAACAACAGGGGAAUAUCGUCGAAAUUAAUUGAUGAGUGAAUUAUGUAAUGACUCAUAGUGACUAUGAGUGUGUGAUUUUUUUGUAAUAUUUGAUUCAAUCUGUUGCAAUCUGAAGAGCAUUCAAUAAAGUGGAAUAUGUUGAA